GCGCUACACGGUUUUUGUACUAAUUGUACAAAAAGUAAACGUCAACAUUUAGAUAUGUUCUCUAAAAAUGAAUCGUAGUGAGGGAUUUGUUAAAAGAAGAAACAUAAAUCGUGAGAAUAGUGAGGGUGUCUCGUCGAAAGAAGCGAACAAUGACGAAAAGAAGUACUUGCGCGACGAAGACGUCGACGAUGGCGAUUCGAAGGAGACUAGAUUGACGUUGAUGGAAGAAGUGUUGCUAUUAGGCCUGAAAGAUAAGGAAGGUUACACAUCGUUUUGGAACGACUGCAUAUCCAGCGGAUUGCGGGGAUGCAUCUUGAUCGAGCUGGGGCUGCGCGGCCGUGUGGAACUCGAACGUGUCGGUAUGAGAAAAAGGGGUCUGCUCGCCCGAAAGCUGAUCGUGAAAAAUGACACACCGAUCGGGGAUGUUCUGUUGGAUGAGGCACUGAAGCACCUUAAAGAAACUGAGCCACCAGAGACUGUUCAAAGCUGGAUUGAAUACUUAAGCGGUGAGACAUGGAAUCCAUUGAAGCUACGGUACCAGUUGAAAAAUGUGAGGGAGCGGCUGGCGAAAAAUCUCGUGGAGAAAGGUGUGUUAACAACAGAGAAACAAAACUUUUUAUUUUUUGAUAUGACCACACAUCCACUCACUGACAAUGUUACUAAAACCCGACUAAUUAAGAAAAUCCAGGAUGCCGUUCUAUCCAAGUGGGUUAAUGAUCCACAGCUCAUGGACAAAAGAAUGCUAGCAUUGAUAUUUUUGGCACAUGCUAGCGAUGUCCUGGAGAACGCUUUUGCACCACUCAAUGAUGAUGACUACGAAAUAGCCACGAAGAGAGUUAGGAGACUAUUGGACCUUAAUUUCGAAAAUGAAUCUAACAAUCCUAAUACGUGUGAUGUUUUGUGGGCCGUUUUUGCUGCUUUUACAAAAUAAUCAAAACUCAACAUAUUUUUAUUCUGUACAAUGUCAGUAGGGUACUAUUAUUUUAUAUCAUUGUCUGUGAGUCCUGAUUGAUUUGACCACAUUAACACAAGUGUAAUAUAAUAAUUAACAGUGCUGUUUUCUAAAUUAUACUACCUGGAAUUUAUGUAAUACUGUGAUGUAGGUUAAAUAGCAUUGUACAAUUUUUCAAGUCACAUUUACUUUCCAAUAACUUUUUGAGGACGCAGUUUAAUAACAUUUUUUCUUAAAUUUUAGAAUGUAAUUUUUAUCAUUAUUAUGCUAAUUUGAAUUAUGCAUCCAAUAUGUAAAUAUUUUUUUAUCAACAACGUUUUAUAUUAUUGGUUAUUAUUAGCUGAGCGUUCUUUUUGUGGACCUGUUGAGCACCCCUGUAAAUUAUUGAUAUAAAUUCAAUUAAUUACUGGAAUAGAAUGGAAUUACUGGUGAGAUUUUUUAUUUUUUUGUUUUAAUACAAAUUUUUGUUGAGAUUAUUUGCACAUUUUAAAUAAAAUCUGUAAAUUUGGACAAUUUUAGCAAUCAAAAAGGUUUGAUUAUUAAAAUUGUCCGUGGACCACAGUUUUUUUAGAGGUGUGCACAUAAUCUCAGCUUAAGUAUCAUUCCAACUAUUACAGUAAGAUACACAGAUACAAGCUUUUUGUUGAAGAACCAUGUUUAUUUUUUUUUUUUAAUUAUGAUGUAAAAUUCCUAAUCAAUCUGUAUUAGUAUUAAAUUUAUAUGUUAAACUUAUUACAUGUCAUAUAUGAUAAAUAAAUGUUAAAAAAUGGACUAAAUGGUUUUAUUAAGAAGUACAGUAGCUAAUAGAUAUGUAAUAUUUCACUAUAAAUUAGCCUUUUUUAUUAUUUGUCUUUUUACGAACUGUUUAUAAAAAUAAUUUUGAAAUUGAGGUUUAUUAUUGUUUUCUAUUGAGCAAAUAAUAUUGAUGUUCUGCAUUGUUUAUUAUUUGUAAAAUGUUGAUAUGUAAAUUAAGUAUUGAAACAUUAACACAUUUUCACUUAGUUAGCUAGUGAGUUGUUGUAAACUAUUAUACGAUUUUACUAUAUUAUUUAUAUAUUAUUUUUUAGAAUGAAUAAUUAUUUACUAAAUAAAAUAUUAUACAAAUUUA